AUGUCACGCCAAAGAAGAGGCAACAUUCUGAGAACAAGAAAAGCUGCUCGUGCCGCGGCUGCUUCUUCAAGGUUGGCAGUAGGGAAGGAUCCAUCUAGUGCUGUUUCUGAAACGCCGAAUGAACAAUACAUCUACUCAUUCUGCACGCCGGAUAACAAGAAACUGAGAAUGUUGUUCGAAAAACAGCUGAAGAAUAGUGACGUUGGAUCUUUGGGCCGGAUUGUCCUUCCGAAGAAAGAGGCUGAAAAAUACCUUCCAAGCCUCUCCGACAAGGAAGGCAUAGAGCUGAGAAUCAGGGAUGCUCUUUCAACCCAAGAAUGGGGUUUGAAAUACAAAUACUGGUCAAAUAACAAAAGCCGAAUGUAUGUGCUUGAAAACACAGGAGACUUUGUUAGGCAAUCUGGAGUGGAGGUGGGAGAUAGCAUUCAUCUUUACGAAGAUGAAUGCAAGAAUAUUUACGUCUCCAUCCACCGGCAGGCUCAAGUAAGACCAGUCCAUGUUGUCAAGCCCUCCUCAACCUCAUAUCAUCAACAAAACUAUACCCAUACCAACACCAACACCUCUAAAAGAGACAACACCAACACCGCCAUCGAUCACACCAACAGCAAAACCCAUGCCAACACAACAAGCAUAUACACGCCAUACGCCUACAAUGAAACCGGAACCAGUGAAGUUGAGACUUCUUCAGCGGUAGUAUUACUACAACAACAACGCAAUGAACAACUAGUAGAAACAAACAACAUGGUGACAUUGUUUACGGAUCCUGCUUCUUCAUAUAGACAAAGUGAAGAAGCUAGCAACACCAACAACGACGUCACUAGACAACAACAAAGCUCUACUCAACCAGCUAUGGCAGGGAUAUUCGGGUCCUCAUCAUCGUCAUCGUCCUCACCGAGUAUAGUGAAGAUGGCUGAGGAUAACUUUGGCGACUGCUAUGAAGGCCUUGGGAUGCUCCCGGAAGUAGUCGAUCGUUUUAAUCAUUCUCUUUUUGAUUUUGACGACAUAAUAAGGGACGACAAGACGUUAUAG